AUGGCCCUCCCACUACGCUUUUCUUUGUUGGCCAGACAGCCGCGCUUCAGCAGGACAAUACAUAUCUCCCAGUCUUUGUUGAAAGAGAAGCAAAAGCCAGCUACGCAACCUUUGCCAAAUCUCAAUGACCCACCGCGCAGCGACCAGCCAUUACCGCCGCUAAACCGGCCACUAGGUGUCAGGCAGCGACCAACGACGGUGCCCGUAUCGCGCAUGGACAGAGUGAAAAGUCUGAUGGACACCGAAGCCCUGAUGGCCCAACGAAGACAUUUAAUCAAGGAAGUAGGAAAAGGGUACUUUCACGAUCUAAAUAUGACGCGAAGACACGGGGGAAAGACUUGGAUCGCGCCAAAGGUUCUCAUCCGCGAAGAUAAAGCCCUUUACCUCCCCAACGUCUCUGGGUCCGCUCUAAACGAUGGCACAAAGAAGGACACCACCACCUUGUGCUACGGCAAAAUUACCGUGCUCGCUAUGCUCGGCACAAACAUAUCCGAGGCCCACGCUAGGUCUUUCGCCUACAGCACAAAUGCCCGAUAUCAGGACAACCCUUUGUACCAAUAUGUACAAAUCAAUCUCCAAGAAAACUUGCUCAAGUCGUUCCUUGUCAAGCUGUUCUCCAGCUCCUUGCGCUCGUCAGUCCCUGCCCAUCUCCAGCCUACAUACCUUGUCUCCAGCCAGAAUAUGGAGUAUGUUCGCGACCCGCUGGGGAUGACGAAUAGUAAAGUCGGAUAUGUGUAUUUAAUUGACGAGAAUCUCAAGAUUCGCUGGGGUGGCUCGGCAGAUGCGACGCUGGAAGAAGCACAGAGCCUGGAGAGCUGUACGGGGGUGCUACUGAAGAGGCUGGAGGAAAGGAAGGCUAAGGCGCCGAAAGAGGAUAUUAAAAGUUGA